UAUCGCAAACUUCCGAUGGUUAUUUAUUACAAAGUCAAUCUUCAACCCAAGCUAGCCACUCGCUUGACCAGCAUGCUUGUCAAGUGAUGUUGGCAACGAGAAGACACUCUACAACUUGCCUAGUGACUCACAGUCCAUUGCGAUCUUCGAUCUACAUCAUGAACGUCAACGCCACCACAAUCGCUGCUCUGCUUGGCCCAAGAGCAUCCUCACGGGUGCAGCAUGAGUUGGUUCAAGUUGGUAAAUACCCGAUGACCACUCGCUGCCGCCGACCUCGUGAAACGAUCGAGCUUGAGCUGACCGAAGAAGAACAACGCUCCUUGAGUCAAGACGAAAUCCGGAAACUCAAGAACCGGGUGGCUGCCAAACGCGCUCGAGGGCGAGCGCAGCAGCGCGUAACUGACCUGGAGAACACCGUGUGCGAGCUCUGGAAACGCGUGCAAUAUCUCGAACGGGUCAUCAAGCUGCUGCACCCAAACGAGCCAAUGGAGUAUUUGUACAGCAAGUACGUCAUGUACGCCGACUCACCCAACCUCGAUCCUCUGACGGAGAACGACGCUGACAAGGGUAGCCUCGCACUCAACAUGCACGAGCUCGAAUGGUUGUUCAACACGACUCCAUCCUCCAACUCGAGUGACGUCGAGAUGAAGGGCUAAGCUGCGAUCCAGAAUUCGACCGUACAGUCCGACUCCGGAAAAUCUCAGAGACGUAGGAAAUGGCGUCCUGGGCCUUACACUUGAUAGGAACCAUAUACGCAUUACACAAAGCAGCUUAUAAGCGCUGACCUAGGAUACGAUUCCGACAGUCGUCAUGGCUACAUCCCGUCUGUCUAAUACAACUUUUUUAUCAACCCAGAAAAUCCAUUAUCGAUCAGAACUCUCUAUAUAUUUCAAAUAUAAUAGUUGCC